AAUCAUUCAAACCCUUGCGGAAUAAGGAUGAAUGUGUUAAGGCAUUAUGCCUAGCCCUAAAGAUUGGGAUAGUUUUAAAAUUUCCACACAUUUAUGCAUGUUUAGUUGUAUAAAGUCACUUAUAAAUGUCACUAGCAUAUGGAUAUGGCAUGCGUUCCUCUGUUCAAUAAACAGCAGUGUUAUAACUUUGAUGUUCUAGUAAAGCUGCACAAUUUGACAGCUGUUCCUUACGUUAACUCCGUCACUUUCGCGAAGCUUCGGCUUUUGAACAGCCGAAGCUCUGCUCAAUACUCUCCCAGAACUGAAAUCCGAAAUAAUAUUGUGACUUGGAACAGUGAACAUCGUUUCCAUUGCAAAUUCAAAAGCAAUGCUGAGACAACUAUAUUAGAUCCAAACAUUCUUAAAGUGUCUAUCCGCAUGGAAACAAAAGGUGGAAAAUCAUUUCACAAAGUUGGUUUUGUCAGUAUCAACUUACCAUGUUUCGCUGCUGUUGGAAAUGUAAUUAACCAUCGUAGAUAUAUUUUAGAAGGUUAUGAUGAGAAACGUAAACGUCAGGACAAUUCUCUUUUAUCAAUUUCAUUCUGUCUGCGACAAUUGACUGGAGAUAAUUGUUUUCGAACACCAAAAGAGGAUUUAAGUAACUGUUUAAUCGAACCACCUGAUUUUAUUGAAUUACCAGAAACUGAUUCUGAAACUAGAGAAUAUUCUGUAACAGACUGUUCACUUAUGAGUAGUGCACAUAAUACAACAACUACUAAUGUUAAUAACACUUCAGCUACGAAUCAAAAUUCGAAUGAUUUAAAUAUUUUAAAACCUGUAGAUAAUUCUAUAAGUAAAUUAACCAACAAUCCGUUAGAUAUACUACAUUCAUUAAAUUUGGAUAGAGUACCGUCCUCUUGUAUAUUAUCUACACCAGCUUCCUCCUCCUCAUUAUCAACAGAAACAGUAUCAUCAACUUCACCUCCAGCGCCAUUAUCAUCAAUUGUUGAUAUAUCGUCGAAAAAAGUUAACUAUUCUACCUCAUUUAGUCAUUUUAAAAUGCCUUCGUGGGAUAAUUCAUCUGUAUAUCCUGUUGGGUCAAGUAGCUGUGUUUCAAAGUCAUCAAUUUGUCAAAAUGAGUUGAUUUCUUCACUAACAAAUAUAAACCAAUCAACAAAUGCUUUUACACAGGCAGAUCAAUCACAGUCAUCUUAUUGUGACAGGCUAUCAGAUUCAAGCUCUGUGACACCUAUUUCAAAUUCCACAUCAUCCACUCCAUGUUCAAUUUCGAAAGGGAGCUUAUUGCUUCGGUCCCCUCUUACUCUCCCAUUAGAUAAAUCAAUCCCAUCAGUACAUGCAAACACACAACAACAGAAUUUGAUGAUAGAUACAUCUGCUGUUGUUGAGUUAGACAAACGAUUGUCUAGUGUUACACAUGAUAAACCUCGAUCUGGUCAGAAUGUUACAUUCAAUAUACUUAAUCCAGAUAAUGUCACUUGUUAUUCUUUACCGAAUCGGCAUCAUUUACCUAAUCUAUGUAUGACCACUGAUACUCCCUCAGAUGAAAACAGACAAAACGUUAAUAUUAUUGAAACUGAUCCUAGUAUUAAGUAUUGUAAUUAUGGUAAAAAGUCAUAUGAUUAUUUUGCUACAGACAGUGUUCUUUUAGUACGAUCGUCUAGACGACGUAGAAUUAGACCUGAUUUACAAGUGUUACCAUCAAUGAAUACUGAUUUAAAAAAUACCGAUCCUUCCUCUCCUGAUUUCACUUCAGCUACUGCUCAUCCGUCUACUUCUAAAUCGAAUCCAUCAGAUUGUUUGAGGCCUGAAAAUGACUCCUCACUGUCGUCGAUUUCUUCAUCUACAGCUACUGCGUCUACUGCAACAGUUGGUGUAUCACAAAUAAUGUCUAAGAGUGGUAUACCAAUGGAUUAUUAUUACUCAUCAGGCUAUCAAUCACACUCGAGACAGUCAAGUCUUGAAUCACAACCUGUUGGUUCUAGUCCCCCAUUAUUAUCAGCGGAAGUAUGCACACAGACUCAGUAAUUGUUGAUAUUAUGUAAUUUUGAAAAUUUUUUCUCAAAGUGCCUAGACAACUGUAAGUGAACCUGUUUUUUUAUACCAGUCUAUUCUAUUACUGGUUGUUCUUGAAUAAAACAGUUUUGAUAUAUGAAUCAAGGGUUAACAGUAUCAUAGUUUGUUUCGUUUUUCUCUUCAUCCCCACUUUUGUAACCUUUAGAAUGUUUACACAUAUAAAUUAUUGCAUGCGCUGAAACUCAUACGAAUUUCGUAUUUUUUCUUCUGUAAAACAAUGAUCUGUGCCAAAAUGUACAAAGAAAACAUCCCACAUCCUAAAAAUGAGUUAAUUUUUUAAUGGGAAAUUACAUUUAUCUGUUUUUUUUAUUUAAAAGUAAAAGGAAGACAGAAUCAUUGAGUGGGCUUUGAAUUCAUCACUUCGACAGUAAAAAAAUGAUAAUGAAUAUCGUUGUAGAAGCGUAUCAACUUAAUUCUGCCAAUAAUCGUUGUAAAACUUCUGAAGCUGUACCAAACACUGUCAGACACAUACCAUCAAUCAACAUGUUUACAGUGAACCUACAGUAAACUCUGAUUUUAAUUAUAUAUACGUUUCUAGAUAUCAUACUUUUCAAAGUUUAUCAUAAUCUUUAUUAUGUAGGUAUCUGUUGUACUGUUUGACUCCGACAUAAAUCUCAUAGACAUAGAGAGUUAGCUUAUCCAACUAUGUAGACAAACGUUAGUAACAUACGUUACUACUAAAUUAGUUGCAAUUUUUUAAUUCGAAUAAUAAUCAUUAUCAC